AUGGAGCGGCCUGAAGAAGUGCGGAAAGAACGCGUUGUUGGAUUUGUUGAGCAGGCAGAUCGCGCGUCCCAGGUACCAGGACAGAAGAAUAAUGAUGAUUCUCGGCCAAAGAUUCUGGAUUUUAAGCCCCCGGAAGAGCUCAAAGCAGUGUUUAGUGAAGGCUUAACAAGCUCAGGACAGGGACAUGAUGGGCUUGUUCGAAUUGUAGAUGACCUUCUCAAAUAUUCCGUCAACACAUGGCAGCAAGGAUUUCUGGACAAGCUUUACUCAUCACCAAACGCUCCUGGGUUGGCCGCAGAGUUACUUCUUGGGACAUUGAAUGCCAAUGUGCACGUCUACCAGUCGGCCCCAGCAUUGACGGUCAUCGAAAAAGUGACCACAAGACGAUUUGCUGAGCUUUUCGGUCUUACAGGACCCAACGCUGGCGGAAUCUCUGUCCAGGGAGGGUCUGCAUCCAACACUACAGCAAUCGUUGUAGCAAGGAACACUCUAUUUCCCGAUACCAAGAAGAAUGGAACGGGUGACCAUCGAUUUGUUAUAUUUACCAGUGCGCAUGGGCACUACAGCAUUGAAAAAGCUGCGCAAAUGAUCGGCCUAGGAAGCAACGCGGUUCACAGUGUACCUGUCGACCGUGAAGGACGAAUGAUUCCACAGAAGCUUGAUGAGGAGAUUCAGAAGGCAAAGGACGAUGGUAAAACUCCCCUCUUCGUCAAUGCCACUGCCGGGACUACUGUUCUAGGGACAUUUGAUCCAUUUACGGAAAUCGCGGGGAUUUGCCGCAAACAUAAAAUCUGGUUCCACAUUGAUGGUGCUUGGGGAGGUGCUUUUAUCUUUUCUAACCGCCAGAAACACAAGCUUGAAGGUUCACAUAUGGCUGAUAGUAUUGCCAUAAAUCCUCAUAAAAUGCUUGGAGUACCAUUGACUUGCUCGUUCCUAUUGGGCGCCGAUAUGACUCAAUUCCACGGAUCAAACACGCUUCCUGCAGGGUAUCUCUUCCAUAACGAUGUGUCUGAUGGCUCCGAGGUAUGGGAUUUGGGUGACUUGACUUUACAAUGCGGCCGUCGAGGUGAUGCCCUGAAAAUGUUCCUAAACUGGAAUUACAUCGGCUCAUCAGGAUACGAAGAACGAAUUGAUGCUGCAAGUGAUGUCGCUGUCCAUCUCUGCAACCUCAUAUCGGAAUCCCCGGAUUUAAUUCUCCUUAGUGAAAAUCCACCACCAUGCUUUCAAAUAUGUUUCUUCUAUGCACCGUUCAAACAGAUGGUCCACAGUUCCGACAAAGUGGCAGAUGAGGCAGAACGUGGAAAACUUAACGGAGAGAUUACUUCCAUGAUUGCCGAUGAUCUGAUCGAACAAGGAUUUAUGGUUGACUAUGCACCACCAGCUGCAGCCCAAGUUGAAGGAGACGGCAAAUAUCUUAGAUGUGUCAUCAAUCUUCACACUAAGAAAGAAACAGUCGAGCGACUCGUCGAAGUAGUCUUGCAAUUGGGUGCCAAAGCGGUCAGGAAGCAGCGUGGACUCGAGUUGAACGGGACCUUUGUAAAUCCGAACCAGGCUCCAGCACCUGGCCAGCGACCAAAGCACCCUCUUGAGAUGGGUCGUGGGCCUCAAGGCGCUCCGGCUGCCUCGGAUUUCGUGCUUUGA